AGAGCCCACCCCCGCGUGGCUCCCGUCCGCCAUGGCCCAGAAGACCAGGCCGGCAGUGCCCAGGGCCAAGAGGGGGUGGGUGUUCUUUGCCUGUGUCUCCGUGGUGACUGCCAGGCGGUCAGCCAUCACGCGCCGUGCCACUCUCCGAAGCCCCACACCCUGGCCAGCACCUCUGCCGGCACCGGCACCAGCACCGGCACCAGCCACCGAGAGCUCUACGCAGGAGAUUGGUGAGGAGCUGGUCAACGGGGUCAUCUACUCCAUCUCCCUGCGCAAGGUGCAGGUGCACCAUGGCACCAACAAGGGCCAGCGCUGGCUCGGGUGUGAGAAUGAGUCGGCCCUGAACCUGUAUGAGACCUGCAAGGUGCGGACUGUGAAGGCAGGCACGCUGGAGAAGCUGGUGGAGCACCUGGUGCCUGCCUUCCAGGGCAGCGACCUCUCCUACGUCACCAUCUUCCUGUGCACAUACCGAGCCUUCACCACCACCCAGCAGGUCCUGGACCUGCUGUUCAAAAGGUACGGUAGAUGUGACGCCCUCACGGCCUCCUCUAGAUAUGGAUGCAUCCUCCCUUACUCCGACGAGGACGGUGGACCCCAGGACCAACUGAGAAAUGCCAUCUCCUCCAUCCUGGGCACCUGGCUGGACCAGUACUCAGAGGACUUCUGUCAGCCCCCGGACUUUCCCUGCCUCAAGCAACUGGUGGCCUAUGUGCAGCUCAACAUGCCCGGCUCUGACCUGGAGCGCCGUGCCCACCAUCUCCUGGCUCAGUUGGAGCACGCAGAGCUCAUUGAGGCCGAGUUGGAGGCUCUGUCACCAGCUCCAGUGCCAGCUCUGAGACCAACUCCCGAUCUAGAGCCAGCGCCAACACUAGCUCUAGUGCCUUGUCCAGUGUCAGCUCCAGAGCCAGAGCCAGCACCAGCUCCAGAGCUAGAGCCAGAACCAGCUCCAGAGCCAGAGCCAACGCCAGCUUCAGAGCUAGAGCCAGAGCCAGUACCAGCUCCAGAGCUAGAGCCAGAGCCAGUACCAGCUCCAGAGCUGGAGGCAGCUCUGUCACAAACUCUAGAGCUAGAGCCAACACCAGCACCAGAGCCUUCCUGGCCUUCGUCUGUGGCUGCAGAGAACGGGCUGAGUGAGGAGAAGCCUCACCUCUUGACGUUCCCACCUGACCUGGUAGCGGAGCAGUUUACACUGAUGGACGCGGAGCUGUUCAAGAAGGUGGUGCCCUACCACUGCCUGGGCUCCAUCUGGUCCCAGCGGGACAAGAAGGGCAAGGAGCACCUGGCUCCCACCGUCCGUGCCACCGUCACCCAGUUCAACAAUGUUGCCAACUGCGUCAUCACCACCUGCCUCGGGGACCGGAGUGUGACGGCCCGUGACAGGGCCAGGGUGGUAGAGCACUGGAUUGAGGUGGCCAGGGAGUGCCGAGUCCUCAAGAACUUCUCAUCACUCUACGCCAUCCUCUCUGCUCUGCAGAGCAACUCCAUCCACCGACUGAAGAAGACGUGGGAAGAAGUUUCCAGGGACAGCUUCCGAAUCUUUCAGAAGCUGUCAGAGAUUUUCUCAGAUGAGAACAACUACUCACUGAGCAGAGAGCUGCUCAUCAAGGAGGGGACCUCCAAGUUUGCCACGCUGGAGAUGAACCCCAAGAGAGCCCAGAAACGGCCGAAAGAGACGGGUGUCAUCCAGGGCACGGUUCCCUACCUGGGCACGUUCCUCACAGACCUGGUGAUGCUGGACACUGCGAUGAAGGACUGUCUGUAUGGGAGACUGAUCAACUUCGAGAAGAGGAGGAAGGAAUUCGAAGUGAUCGCCCAGAUCAAGCUGCUCCAGUCGGCCUGCAACAAUUACAGCAUUGCGCCUGAGGAGCACUUUGGGGCCUGGUUCCGGGCCAUGGAGUGGCUCAGCGAGGCUGAGAGCUACAACCUGUCCUGUGAGCUGGAGCCCCCCUCUGAAUCAGCCAGCAACACGCUCAAGGCCAAGAAGAACACUGCCAUUGUUAAGCGCUGGAGCGACCGCCAGGCCCCCAGCACAGAGCUCAGUACGAGCGGCAGCUCCCACUCCAAGUCCUGUGACCAGCUCAGGUGUGGCCCCUACCUCAGCAGCGGGGACAUCGCUGAUGCACUCAGCGUCCACUCAGCUGGCUCCUCCAGCUCCGAUGUGGAGGAGAUCAACAUGAGCUUUGUCCCAGAGUCCCCCGAUGGCCAGGAAAAGAAGGGCCCGGGGCUUCUGCUGAUGGUGCCAUCCCCACAGUUCUGGGAGUCAGCCUCCCAGUCGUCCCCCGAGACCUCCGGCAUCAGCUCAGCCUCCAGCAGCACCUCCUCCUCGUCAGCCUCCACCACCCCCGUGGCCUCCACCCGUACCCACAAGCGCUCCGUCUCCGGGGUCUGCAGCUACAGCUCCUCGCUGCCCCUCUACAACCAGCAGGUGGGCGACUGCUGCAUCAUCCGUGUCAGCCUGGACGUGGACAACGGCAACAUGUACAAGAGCAUCCUGGUGACCAGCCAAGAUAAAGCUCCGGCCGUAAUCCGCAAGGCCAUGGACAAACACAACCUGGAUGAGGAUGAGCCAGAGGACUAUGAGCUGGUGCAGAUUAUUUCAGACGAUCGAAAACUGAAGAUCCCUGAAAACGCCAAUGUGUUUUACGCUAUGAACUCUACUGCCAACUAUGACUUUGUCCUAAAGAAACGGACCUUCACCAAGGGGGCAAAGGUCAGGCAUGGAGCCAGCUCAACCCUGCCUCGCAUGAAGCAGAAGGGACUCAAGAUUGCCAAGGGCAUCUUCUAAUUGGUCCCUAGCGCUGGCCAGCCACAGGACUACCCUUUCAGGGUUUGGCUAGCCAUGCAACUCAGCACUUACGGACUACAGUGGCCCAGGCCACGUGGGCAUCGUCUGCCCAACCUGCCAGCCCAGGCCACCCCCAGACUCCAGCUUCACCCUGAACCUCUCCUGCUGCCGGGAUUGACGCCUGCCAGUCGACAGGCUGACCUGGCCUCCUGUGGACCACUCGCUGCCUUAGGUGCCUUCUGCUCUCUGGAACCAGAGGACUAGCUGACUUGCCAAGGAGCGCUGCCAAUGGACACAGAGCCCUGCCGGGCGCUGCCGUCUGUACACCUCUCUCACACCUUCCCAGGUGUGGGUCACUGCCACCUGUGCCAUGGGCAUCCCAGGGCACCCACCCAUCCACCAGGUCUGACCACUGCAGUUCUCUCCUCGUGCCCGCGGGCACCAGCCUGUGCGCUUCACAGGGGUUGCGGCCCCUCCUCCCACCACCCUAGCCUUUCUCAGGCUGCACCAAAGAUUCCAUCAUCAGGGCCAACUGAGAGUGAGGGGGUCUCACCCACCCCCUACCCAGCCCUCCCGGGAGAGGAGAGAGAGACCCUCUUCACAGACCACUCUUCACCCGGUGAGUGAGGAUGGUCUCAGCCGAGUCCCACUGAUGUUGAAUCUCGUGACACUUGAAGUGCCAUUCACUGCUGCAUCCUGGGCUUUACGAGACCACACGAGACGGGGGUUAGUGCGAAAGGGGGGUUUGGGGGGGGGGAGGGCGAUUGACUAUUUGUAUAAAAGGAAAAAAAAAAAAGUUUACCAGUUGGGGAGGGGCAAUAUUUAUUUGUUGUAAAUAGCAAAUGCUAGACUUGAAUAUUAUAUUAAAAUCCUGUUUCUACUAUAGCCUG